AUGGAGUCGCCCUCCCGCGAGUCGCCGGACGCGUCGAUCGCGUCCGGUGAGCUGCCGCACGGGCUGACGAUCGUGUCUGAGGAAGCGCUUGCUGCUCCGGCCCCGGGCGGCUCGAAGCUGCGCGAGCGCGCCCGACCGGCCCGCACGUACAGAAAGGGGAUGAUCGCCGACGUGCCGCUGAUGCUAUCGCUGCGCGGGAGCGCGCUGGUGCGCACGCUUCCGUGGGCUACGCUCGCCGGCGGCUACGCGGCCGUGCUCCACACCCAGGUCGGCUGCCAGGUGUGGCCCUCAUUUUGCGCAAACGGCAACCCGCAAGACGGCAUCGAAGGGAACAACUCAGACAACGACUUCAUCUUCAUGCACACGUACGCGUACUCGGCGAUCCUGCUCGCCUCGGGCUUCGGGCUCGUGAUGCGGCUCAACCAGAGCCUCGGCCGCUACUGGGAGGCUCGCUCCGCGGUGCAGAGCAUGGCGAGCAAGUGGUGCGACGCCAUCCUCAUGUCGGCGUACAUGGACGAGGAGGCGGACGACGAGGCGAAGCUGCGAGAGAAGGAGUCGGCGGCCUUCGCGCGCUGCCUGCUCCACCUUGGCUCGCUGCUCCACGCGACGGCGAUCCACACCCUCCGCUGCGACCGAAGCCUCGACUCGCUCCGCGCCCGCUCUCCUUCCCGCCGGCCGGGCGAGCAGAGGCACCAGAGCUACACGGCGGCGUCGUGGUUCGACGGGCUCCCCCCUCCUCUCAAAGGGGCCAAAAAGGGGGG